AUGAAGUUUACUUCUGUACUUUCCGUUUUCGGACUUCUAAAGGCCGUCUCAGCUGGUCCAUUCAGCUGGUACUACUAUAGAAGCGCCCACUGCGGUGGUCUAAGGUUCGGCUGUCGGGACCUUGAUCCCUUUGUCUGCUGUGAAGCGCCUCCAUCAAGAUACCUGUAUCAGACUGUGAAAACCUAUACUACAGGCCCGCUCGGCAUCCCUGUCUUUACCUACGUUGACAGGUUUGGCAACUGCGAUACUUGCCAGUUCACUGGCACCAUUAGUCACUGCUACGACAACACCAACCCUUUCAAUGUCGGGUUGGUGCUUCUUGUGCCCCAAGGCUGUGUUCGAAGUAAUGCUCUCGAGUUGGCGGCGAACAAUGGCGGCCACAAGGUACCGGCUCUGGCAGAGAAGGCCCACCACCCAGAAAGCAAGUGUCGCAGCACCUCUCCCAUCAACCACGCGACCGUUGGCGGCAUUGAUUACACCCUCAAUGAUGAGAUUCUUGACGAUUUCGCUUCGGACGUGGACCUUCUUGGCGAGAAAGAGUUUAGCAUCAAGUGGAUGCAUCUUAAGGACAGCUAG